AAUGCGCACCUCUGACAGUCAUCUUCCGCUCUCGAAUUUGGCUCGAUCCGACAGUAUUGAGUUCAAAGAUGCGGUAAUCAACGAGAAGUGGGUCCACUCAGCCAAUCGACGAAAAGGUCAUCUGACACCAAAAGCUCCGGAAAAGAAAAGUGGAUGGUUCGGUGGACAGAAAUCGGAAGAAGAGCUGUUAAUGGAGCGUGUUGAGCAGCAUGAGCUCGAAGAACUGCAAACAUUCAUCGCCCAGAAGCUUUUCCGUGUCGAUGGGAUCAUUUGUGAUGAGGAGACGAGAAUUUUGCUUGUCGAGAAGUUGAUGAACGCGAAGGAAUAUCCAACAAUUAAUCAUGAUGAGCUAGCUCAUAGAUAUGGAAGCUCAAUGGCAGGUUGGCUCCGUGAUCGGCUUGUCCCUUCGAUGUCUGAUUGCAGCUCAGUGCUUCAGAGAGCAGCGGCGGAGUUUUAUCAGAAUAAGAUGAGCGAUCCGCUUUGCAAUUGGGGUCAAUUGAAUCCGGAGCAUGUCUCCAUGGUGGCUGCUCGAAUCGCCAAGUUUUCUGAAGAGAUGUCCUCCAAAGUGAAAUGGUCACUGCUUGUUGAGCCGGGGAAGUUCAGUUGCCACCUCACAGAGUUUGUGCAGGAGUUCAACCGGCUCGAUCGAAUGUUUGUGAGCAAUGAGUUGUCAGAUGAGGAAUCAUUGCAAACUGCAUUCAACGCGAAUUACCUGACGAAAGCUCGCAGUAAAAUGGUACCUUGUGCAGAGUUUUCGAGGGUCAAGCUGAAUGAUGGUUUAGGCCGGCUUGAUGAUCGAAAUGAACUGAGAAAUGGAAUGUUCUCCGAUGAACACGAGUUUUUGCAGGAAGAAGGGUAUACAGCCAAGAGUACAUAUGGAACAACUGAUUUCAUUCAUGCAAACUAUGUCAAAGGAGGACCACUACUGAACACAUUCAUCUGUGCACAGGCUCCAUUGAAGAACACUCAAGAAGAUUUCUGGCGUAUGGUCUUCCAAGAGAAGUGCCAAUUCAUCGUGAUGCUCAACUCAGCAGUUGAUUCUUCAACUCUUGGUCCACUCGACUCGGCGAAUCGUAAUCACUGUCCGUACUAUUGGCCUCGUGCUGAGAAUGAAUCUCUUCGUUUUGGAUCAUUCCAUAUUACUUGUAUGAAGGUUGACUCGAAGGCAGAUCCAUUGUUCACCAUCACUAAAUUGAAAGUUCAAAAAGUUGGCGGAAAUCUUUUGGAUGCUGAAUUCGAUGAAGAACUCUUUUUGGAGCACUGGCAGUGGGAUUGGCAAUAUUUGGGAGAUGUGCAUUGGCCAUUCCGCGUUUUGAGAAAAGCUCGUCAACUCUCCACACCUACAAUUGUUCAGUGCAUUGAUGGAUGCUCCAAGUCAGGAACUCUAGUUUCCAUUGAGACUGCUUUGAUGCAUUUUAUCCGUGGAUCUCCAAUCACCAAAUCACUAAUUCUUCAAUCAUGCGUCUUCGUUCGUCUGCAACGUCGUCUCUCCGUCUCUUCAGUUCUUCUCUAUCUCUUCAUUUACCGUGUCAUUCUUCGUUGGAUCGAACCUUAUGUCAACAAGUGGUACCAUCGAGCCGCGCUAGGCCUUCGCUUCAAAUCGAUCGGAUUCAUUCAAAAGUAUAAUGCUAUGAUCCAGGAGUUUAGCCGUAUCACACCGGCUUAUUAAUUUCUAUUGUUCUUGUAUUAUGAUCAUUUUAAAUUUAACCCACUUUCCAUUAACUGAAUUGUAUUUACAUGCAUGCAUCUCACUCCCAUAUCACUAGAAUCGAAAAUGAAUUAUUGUAAAUUUUU